CAUGUCACACGAAUCGGUCUGGUACUCUCGUCCGCGCGACUACGGCAAGGGCUCUAGAGGCUGUCGCGUUACAGGUGACAAGAAGAAAGCGGGGGUGAUCCGCAAAUAUGGCUUGAAUAUGAGUCGGCAAGCGUUCCGUGAGAAGGCUGCCGAUAUCGGGUUCGUCAAGUAUCGUUAGCGAUGUGCGACUACAUGGUGAUAUAGGGGUGGAACGAUGAGAGACGCUCGUUCAAAGAAGG